AUGGUUGUGCUGCGAAUUAUCGGGGACGAGUGGUCAUGGGAAGACCGUAUUGCCCUUGCGGUGCCUCCGCAAAAGAUGUUUACGAUGUGCAUCCCGCUUCUAAUAUCCAAACUUGGCGUUGAGAAAUGGAGUGGUCUUGUGCUCUACAAGACGGAGGGAAAACCACCAAAGUUCUGCCGCGCAACCACGCCGCUAGAUAUGUCAAGCAAUCCGCAGCGGGAACGUCUGCGGGACGGUGCGGUGUUGUGGGUACGCGUGGCCCCUUCACUCAUACAACAGGAGCGGGAUCGUGCGUUUCAAAAGGCACUGGAGGAGUGGCGAGGAAAGAACGGGUUAAAGGGGGCUUCAGUGGAUCUCAGUGAUGUGAGGCGUUUCAUGGAAGAGCUGAAUUCACAUCUGAACACAGCAGACGCUGCACUUGUAAAUAGUGAGGAGCGCGAAGAAAGAGGUGCGAUUGAGGGGGAAGAGCACCGUCUGUUUUUCUACAUGACAGUGGUAACGCGUGAGGAGGAAACUCUGCGGCGAGAAGAGGCAUACCAACGGCGAGGUCUGGAGGACGCGUACAUGUCUGCAGCGGAGCGCCACCACCGUCAACAUCGGCAAUUACUACUUCGCACAUAUGCUUUAGAAUUAGCUGCAUGGGAGGGAAAGAGCCGUCGUCUUGUUCAGGAAGAGCAAUGGAGGGAGUUUGAAUCCAUGCUUGGAACGUUAAAGGACGGUCUCGCGGCGCUUGCAAAGCCAUCGCUUGAGGAAGGGAAGCAGACGAGGGGAGAAAUGCAGGCACAUGAAGAAAGUGUGGAAGUAAGUGUUGACGCCGCGGCACUUUUAUCGUUAUUGCGCGCGGAACUGCAAAGUUUGCUGGGACAUUUGGAGCAGGUGUACAAUGAAAAAAUGGAAUUUUUCGAGAAGCAAAGGGAGCACACGCUCCGAGACAAUGAUAAUUUUCUUGCAUGUUUGCGACAGCACAUCAGUAGCCUUUUUUGCAUCAGUCGUAGCGAAGUGAGGCAAUCGGGUUCACCUUUGCUUUCACAACCGUUCAAGACAAUGAACAUGGAGGAGCUUACAGAGGCACUGAAGCAACAAGAGGCUCUGGUUACGGAGUUGACACAACGGCAUCGGGAUGUAGAGGCACACACAUUGAGUGUUCUUGAAGAGGGUGUCUGGAGGAUGACGUUGGACAUCGUCCAUGUGACGCAGCUAAACAUAUGCAAAUAUAUAGAAUCCUUACAGAACCUGAUGCGUACGGCGCGAUCCUCAUGGCGUGGCGCGGAAGGCAGGAACACAGGAACACAGGAACAGGUGGAAUUCACACAGAAGACGCUGAAAAAGGGACGGCAUGAAAAUCCCGCGAGAACGGAGAAUUCUUUGGAUAGUGUUGAAGUGGCAUACUCAGCUGGUGAGAGAAUGCAUCACUGGGGCACUUUUCAGAAGAGCAAAAGUCUCGGAAUUCAUUCAGAUGUGUACAACAUAUUAUUGAUGUUUGUGUCGCGGUAUGCUGAGUUCUACAACUGGAGUUUGCACUCUGGAGCCGAAGGCGGUCACGACUUUUUGGAUGACUUAAUACGUAAUUGUGGUUCUUUGCAGGUUGCUGUCGAUGAGCUUUGUUCGACAUGCAAGGUAUUGCCUCAUCCCAUGCGGAGAGAGUUUCUUCACGUGGUCGAGGCGCACGCCCCGCACUUAGCGGUAGUGAUGGACCUUAUGCUUCAUCUAUAUACUGGGAAGGAGGUGGAACUUCUGUUGUGGAUAAGGCCUGAAUUGAAUGUUUGUGGUGAGUUUGCAGAGCACCAGGCGGACGAUGGUUCUGUGUACUAUUAUCAUACGAUUGCUGGGAUGAGCCAGUGGCUACGUCCUGCUUCCCACUGUAUCACUCAUUGA